AUGCUCAACUCUCGCCGCGCCAUCGUGGCAGCGGUUUUCAUCCUCACUGUUUUCUUCCUGUUGACAAGGUCUCACACAACAACGCCUGUCGUCCCAGCUGCUAAAGAUGCUGCUGCUACCGCCGUCGACACAAGCAAGAACGCUGCCCCUGCCUCGAACCAAGCCGUGUCACCACCACCCGAGGAACAAAAGGAGAUGGAGGUAAAGGAGCGUCGCACGCGGCCUCGCAUUGACAUGUCGGGCAUGUCAAUUUUUGAGAAGCUCGAAUACGCCUAUCCUUAUGAUGUUGCGACCAAGUUUCCAGCUUACAUCUGGCAAACGUGGAAGCAAAGUCCUGAUCAAGGUGAUUUCCAGUUUAAAGACCACCAUGCGUCUUGGAAAGAGGAGCACCCUGGUUUUGUCCACGAAGUCAUCACCGACGACGUUGCCGUUAACCUUAUUCGCUUACUCUACGCCACGGUUCCCGAAGUCGUUGAGGCGUACCGAAGCCUCCCCAUGCCUGUUCUGAAGGCCGACUUCUUCCGUUAUCUGAUUCUCUUCGCGCGAGGCGGCAUCUACUCUGACAUCGAUACAUAUGCAAUCCAAAGCUCGGUGAAAUGGUUGCCUGAACAGAUCCCUCGCGAUACUAUUGGUCUCGUUAUUGGCAUUGAGGCGGACCCUGAUCGCCCCGACUGGGCUCAGUGGUACAGUCGCCGUAUCCAGUUCUGUCAGUGGACGAUACAGGCCAAGCCUGGUCACCCUGUUCUCCGCGAUAUUAUCACACGCAUUACCAAGAAGACAUUAGAAUUGAAGAAUCAAGGCAAGCUGGAAAAAUUCAUUGACAGAAACGUUGUUGAGUUCACUGGCCCUGCUGUAUGGACAGAUGCUAUCAUGGAGUACUUCAAUGAUCCAAGGUUCUUUGACAUGUCACAAAGCAAGGGCACGAUCGAUUACAAGAACUUUACUGGUAUGGAGACGAGUAAGCGAGUGGGGGAUGUGGUUGUGUUGCCUAUCACAAGCUUCUCACCUGGAGUGGGACAGAUGGGCGCAAAGGAGCCUGACGACCCAAUGGCUUUCGUCAAGCACGACUUCGAAGGAACAUGGAAACCUGAGAGUGAGCGCCACAUGGGCGAGCAACAGCAAGAAGGACAACCUCAAGCGGCUCAGGCACCCCAAGCACCCCAAGCGCCCUUGCAAUAA